AUGUCCCAAGGCAUGACCACAACCGCGACAGUCACAGACAUCGCGGCCUUGCCCAAGAGCAAGCAGUCUCGUCCACAAAACAAGAUACUUGCUCAAUUAGAUGAGCAAUUACACCAGCUGAGCGUCACUACCCUUCCGCCAUACCCGUACCUUCUCUCGGUCCCAUCGGACGUACCCUACCGCCAUAGCUCGCGCUUUGUCAACACCUGGUAUGAAGGCACGCCUUUCGAUCGCUCCGAAGAACAGUUACAGUAUCUUAGCUUCCUUCCGCAUCAGGGUGAACACGAGUCUCUACUGAAGGUUGAGGGCGGCUGGGCAGACGACCGCGGUAACCCGAUCGAAGAGGAAGAACUUUCACCAAAGGCGCUUCCAGUAAGCGGUCGGCAUACUCCCGCUGAACUGGGCGCACGAAAGAAGAUCAGCUUGCAGGAUUACAAGACGAAAGCCAAGACCUCGCCAGAUUCUACACCAAGAUCUCAGCCUCUAAAGGCUGCCGAGAAGCCUGCGCCGCAGCCAGCAGAACCGAAGACGGAGGGCUGGGACGGUCUACUGCCACCGCCAGAUAAGAAGAAGGAGGAACAAGCCGUGCCAUCGGGGACGAACGGAGUCAAAGAAAUACCGCUAAAGGUCUCCCAAAUGGAUGCUACCAACUCACCUAAGAUCGAGGCAAAGCCCUACCAGAGCGACUCACUUAACCCAGCCAAGCGAAGAAAGCUUUCUCCGCCCCCUGAGGAAUCCAACAAUGUCAAGAAAGGGCCCAAGGUCGAAUCCGAGUCGUCCUCUGUGAAAAUGCCGAGGUUGCUCUCACCCACCCUGCCGUCGCCUGAGAAAGCGAAGGAGAGGGAGACACGACUACCGCAACUUUUGUCUCCUCUCCUACCGCCGUCGCUGGCUAAGGAACUGUCCACGCCUUCAAGCACCAUAUCAGUUGGUAGCCCCGCCACUACGCCGCACAAGCGCUCAGAUCCUGUACGUUCGAUUCUGGCUGCCGCCGAUCUCGACAACGGCCAGGUUGGGGAUAGGAACGGACUGACCCCGGCCGGCAGCAGAGUGCGUUCAGAUAGUCAGCAUUCGGCCAAGAGUAGCGCACCGGGUACUCCAAAUCCUGCUAAGGUCGCUCUGGGCGCAAAACUUCUGGGUAAGAACGGUGUCAAGGGUGCACCGCCACUUCACAAUGGAGUUACCCGCAGCCCGGGGCCCCGACAGAGGCACACUAUCAUCCUCAAAUAUGGCAAAAAGAAUCGCAAGAGGGUAGAAGCGCUACUCAAAUUUGCAGCUCGGCCAAAGAAGGAUUUGAUACGGCGUGAAGCAACGGACCGGCGCGGCACUCCAGAGGUCUAUCCGAGAAAGGAUGUGACCAAGGAGUCAUCGGUGCAAUCUUCUAGAGACGUUAAGCCGAAGGGUUUGGCUGUUGACGACAUCAAGCCGGAGAAAGAGAAGAAGAGAAAGGCAGAAGACAGCCCUGGCCCAUCGCUAAAGAAGGUCAAGGCAGUCGAAGCUGAGAAGCGCCCGACCACACCUGUGCCGCCUGCUGGCAAGACACCACUGGCGAAUCAACCGCGGUCAACUUUCUCUACGCCUAAGAAGGAAUUCAAAUCCACUGCCAUGAGGCGAGUUGAGUCGACUGAUGGUGUGGAUGCUCCAACCCCAACUGGAGACAAGAUGAGGGUCUCAACACCACAGGCCGCACUCAAGCCGUCCCCUCAACCUCCAGGCAGUACCACCUCCUCCCGACAAGAAGACCGCCACCAAUGGUUCAAUCUACAUGAAAAGUAUUUCGCACUGGGCCGCAAAGUCAAAAAUGAGGGAACGGCUAUACAACCUCACCUUGAAACCCCCAAAGCUAUACUACUGCUGAUCGAUGCCCUAUUAUGCUUCAUGAUCAACAUCGGCUCGAUGUCAUAUGCGCGGCCCAACGUCGAUCCAGGCUGGAGAAACAUUCUGGCGUAUCAUGUUUUCGUGUGGCGUGCGUCGAGGAAGUUUCCACAUCUUCAUGCUCUGGUGGUACAACUGGGAGCAGUCUGUCGGCAACUCGUGCACAAGUACGACAUGGACAAACUGGCGCGGGAUCCCUUACCGGAGGACUAUUGCAAUUCCGCACCUACACCUGGGAGCGACGGCGUCACGAAGACAAAUGAGGACGGAGAAAAAUACAAGAAGGGAUAUGUGGAGUUCAAAGACCAGCUUAUCACAAACGCUCGAGAGUUACAGACGGCCUGGCUGGAUGGUUCGCGCCUUCUGUCGCUCGACCUUUUGGAACGCGAGUACCCGAAGACAUGGUCGAAGCGGUCGAAAGACUCGAGUACGAGACUCCAGGAGAAGCCCACGCCUUCUAGGAUUCCGAAUGACUUCUACCUGCCAUUGGACGCCAGUACCACGUCGUUCGAGGCUAUCAGGUUCGGCAUGGUAUUUCUCGAGGAGUGGGCGGAGAAGGAGAAGGUCGAUUGGAAGACCAGAAUUGAUUUAUGA